CUUACAGAUAAAUAAACCUUUAACAUUAUCACAAGAGAAAAGGAAAUUUGAUUGAACUGACACUAAAUGAUGAGACGACAUGCACAGAACCAAUCACCGACAAGUGCUUUUAGAACCCAUUACAGAAUCAAAGCAAAGUCCUGUCAAACACUCGUGUUGUGUUUCUCUUCGGCGCGAUGUUCACUGGAAAAGCCUUAUUCUCACAUUGCUCAUUCUUGGGUGCCUCGGAGCUAUAGCAUGGUGCCGCCUUGCAAUUAUAACUACAGUUGUUGUUUAUUAUGAGAGACAUUCUGCACAUAAAGAUGUUAAUAAAAGUAGUCCUUGCGCUGAUGGAUAUAUUUAUAUUCCAAUAGCAUUUGUGAUACUUUUGUAUUUAGUUUAUUUAGUUGAGUGUUGGCAUUGCCAUACACGAAUUGAAUUAAAACAUAAAGUUGAUGUACAAACAGUGUAUCAUAAAAUGCGUCAAAUGCGGGAAGCUUUGCCAAUUAUAUGGUGGAAAGCAUUGUGUUUUCAUUACGUAAGAAGAACAAGACAAGUAACUAGAUACCGCAAUGGGGAUGCCUUUACUUCUACUCAGGUAUAUUAUGAACGAGUGAAUUCGCAUACAGCAGGGUGUGCUUUUAAUUUCACUAACUGUGGCUUUAAAGAUAAUACUAAAUGUGUUAUUGGUUUAGAAGACUAUCCGGCAACUAAAAUAAGAUUCUCAAAAAGUUAUUCAUUUAUUCAUGCGGAUGCAAAAUAUGAAUUUGAUGAGCAAAGAAACCAAUUUUUCACAGCAAAUGAAAGACGCGAUGACUACAUGGAAACACGCGAGGGAAUGGAUCUGCUAAAUGUUAAUUUCAAGGAAUACAUGAUGGCAUUUAAAGACCCAGACAAUUUGCCUUGGUAUGUUUCCAAUUGCGUUUUCUGGAUUGCAUCAUUUUUCCUGUUAUCCUGGCCACUUCGGGUGAUUAUUGAAUUUAAAACAGCAUAUAUUCAUUACCACGUAAAUAAAAUAUUCGGAACGAAUUAUGUUAAUACGGAGCAAGCGUCCGGUAGAACUAUUAUGAGACAUAAUACGAUAGGAAGUGCAGAACUUGAGAUGAUUGUUCGUAAUAAUUUUACCAUUGUGCCAAGUUAUUCAGAAGCACUCUUGAUGAAUGUAGACACAACACAAUCAGGUCAAGUUCGUGACGCAAAUGCAAAUGUAACAUCUCCAAUCUUUGGACCAACUAGAAGCAUUACCUGGAACACUUUAGCUAAUAGUGCUUCAAGCAGCGGGUAUAUCACAGGUUUCUUUUCAAGUGCUGCCAUUCCAAAUAUCAUUCAUUCAUCAACACUACCUAACAUCGAAAAUGUAGAUAUUCUGUCACCUGUAUCUAGCGAUAGAACAUUUCGGACAUCUUUAAGAAAUAUGCUGCGGUCGCCUUGGUCGCGAAGAAGACAUAAGAAUGAAAUACAACAAUGCAGUAGACGUAGCAAUACAAUGUUUAUGCUCUCUAGUCCGGAAUCACUUGAUGGCUAUUCAGUUGAAUUAGAUCAGCGCCUGCAGUCUGUUCAUUUAACAAGAAAUUACUCCUCAUGCUCGGAUGUAAACGAAGACCGUUUGAAAAAAGACUCUUUUUCGAAUAAUGAUUGCAUACCCGGUACUAUUACAAAUGUUAAUGACUGUACAAAUAUGACGAACAGUGUAGCUAGUAAAGUUAUCCCAACAAAUGUGCAAACAAAAGAUAUAUCAAAUAAUGGUAGUGUAAACGGCAUCCGUCCCAAACCACCGAGACCUUGUUCAUUCAAUAUGCAUGGAAACGAGUUCGCAACAUGCAGCAGUACAACACCAUCUGAGACAAAUCGGGCAUAUGUUAAAAGUAACCUACCUAAAGUACCAAUUAGUAAUAUCUUAACUGAAAAUUCAACAUAUGACAUUGUAGCUCCAACGCCUUCAUCCCCUCCUCCUUACGAACAAGCUUUAAAAAUGCAAAAACACAAUCCACAAGAAGCUGAAGGAACUCAGUUGGGAACACAAGAUUUAUCAAACGAGAAUCGGUCACAAUAUAAUGUUAUCAUGGAAACAUCAUUAUAAGAUACAUUAGUCAUGCAUGUUGUUCCUAUCAAUAAACACUACAAAAGUGAUUUAUGUAUACUACUGUUUUGCUUCUCUGCAAUACAUAAUACAUAUCGCGCUUUAAGAAAUGUCUUCCGCAAAGUUCUUCUACAACUGCUAACAUCUUAGUUUAUUCAUAUAUCUUAAUAAAAUAAUUUUCUAAUUAGUAUGACAUUGCAAUGCACGGUUAUAAAAGCUACUUGCAUUUUGUUAUAUGUUCACAAUUAUUAUGAAAUCACAUAGAAAAUGGAUAAUGAAUGUAUAUGUUAAUAGAUAGCUAUCUGUUACACUAUCUGUUUUGUUGAAUAACAUCAUAUUUAGCAGACUGAAGAUGUUGAACAAAACACCAGUAUAAUGUUAAUGACAAAUGGAAUCAUUUAACAAGAACUUGAUUUUAAAAAUGAUUAAAAUGUAAAAAACAUAAUUAUACAAAUAUUCUAAAAGUCCGAACAAAAUUACAAGAAAAUAUCUUCUGUUCAGUAUUGCUUUUAGAUGCAUUGUAUUUUUGAUAUUUUUGUACUCUUUCGCACAUUAAAUAAUGCCAUAUAUGUAUUCAUUGUCUUUUGCAUUUUUGACAUGAAACUUCCUUUAUUUUGAUACCUUCAAUCACAGAUAGUCAAGAAUGUUAUUCUUCAUUGGAAAACGCUAUCUAUGUCCCACGAAAAAAGUUGACAUUUUUAGUUAUUGAUACGUAGUCAACAAAGUCAAUACAAUAUAAUU